AUGCUCCAAGAAAAGGCCUCAGCUGUGGCUGAUGAAGGUGUGACUGUGGCACAGUCUAGUGAGCUUGCUACGGACUCCUCACAUCUGGGCUUGCCCGUGGCCCCGAGCAUCCACCACAACAAUGAAGUCGACCAGAACAUCGAGAACAUCAAAGUAGUUCUUCAUGAGAGGGAACUUUGGAAACGAUUUCAUGAGGCAGGAACAGAGAUGAUCAUCACUAAAGCAGGCAGGCGGAUGUUCCCCAGCUACAAAGUAAAAGUCACAGGGAUGAAUCCAAAAACGAAGUACAUCCUCCUAAUCGACAUUGUUCCAGCUGAUGAUCACCGUUACAAGUUCUGCGAUAACAAGUGGAUGGUGGCUGGAAAAGCAGAGCCGGCCAUGCCCGGGCGGCUCUACGUCCACCCUGACUCUCCUGCAACAGGAGCUCACUGGAUGAGGCAGCUGGUCUCAUUUCAGAAGCUAAAAUUAACAAAUAACCACCUGGACCCUUUUGGACAUAUCAUCCUGAACUCUAUGCACAAAUACCAGCCCAGGUUGCACAUCGUCAAAGCGGAUGAGAACAAUGCCUUUGGUUCGAAGAACACGGCCUACUGCACCCAUGUGUUUCAUGAAACCUCAUUUAUCUCCGUGACAUCCUAUCAAAACCAUAAGAUUACCCAGUUAAAGAUUGAGAACAAUCCCUUUGCCAAAGGUUUUCGUGGUAGUGAUGAAGGAGACCUCCGAGUGUCCAGACUCCAGGGGAAAGACUAUCCAGUGAUUUCCAAAAACAUGGCACGGCAACGACUUAUCACAUCACACACCCAUCUGGCUGGAAAGUUCAGUGCAGGGGUCCUGAGUGGCCACCCGCAAGUCCACUCUCAUUAUCAGUAUGAUAGUGGGGUUGCGCUAUCCAGUUCUGACCCACAGGAGCCUUUAUCCAACCCAUUUCCUUCUGGCAGAGAGUCCAGUCUGCUUUAUCAUUGCUUCAAGCAUAGAGAUAACAACAGGCAUUUGGAGCUAGGCUGUAAGCGACCCUACCUUGACGCGGCACCCUCGGCUGUUUCAGAGGAGCACUACUUCCGCUCCCCUUCCUCCUAUGAACCCUCUUUACUGUCUCACCCAUACUGUGGUGACACACUGGGCUCUAGAGAGGCCUGCAUGUAUGAAGGUAUGGAUGGUGAGGCUGGAGCCUUAGGUGUAGCCGGUACUGAGGACAUGCCUCCACCCUCCCUGAACUGCAACAUGUGGGCAUCAGUGCAGCCAUAUCCUCGCUAUGGUAUGCAGACUGUUGAGGCUGUGCCCUACCAGUCCUUCAGUGCUCACUUAACAAGCACAGCCAACACUGCAUCCAUCGUCUCCCACCACUCGGUAUCUAUGCAACGGCCACAGCCUGCACCUCAGGUUCCAGACCUGGUGUCUUUUGGUACACAGAGGGCUUUGCCAUCAGUACAGUCUUCCUCUUCUUCUUCUUCCUCCUCCCCUUCUGGUGCUUCCUCGUGUGACAGAUCAGCCCAUCUGCCACUGUACCACAGGAAGCCUGGGUCACCUCUGAGAGUCCACAGGGAUUUCUCAGCCUACCCCGCCCAAAGCCCAACAUCAUCGAGAGAGCCGGUGUACCAGUAUCAGAUGGGCCUCAGCAGCAUAGGGUCCCACUGGACUGAUAGCUAA